CAGCACUACAGGUGAAAAUUCAAGAGCGUAUUGAGGCUUGGAUUUGUAUUAACGAAGCGGCGUUAAUUUAUCAGUUGAAAGAGUGCAAUAAUGUCAGAAUUAUUGAAUAUCAACUUUGGUGUGGAUCUUAUUCAGGCAUCUAAAGCUGAAUAUGACUUUCUAAAAGAGGUCCAAAGUUUGGAAUACCUUAAAAAAGAAUCUGUGCUGCGAUAUUCCAUUUACAGAUACGAAAAUCUUUGGCUCCCACUUGUUGCUUCCCAAAAUGAAAGCACCUUACAGCCUGAGUAUUUACAUCCACCAGUUGACAUAGAAUGGGUGUGGCACUGUCAUAUGCUAGCACCUCACAAGUAUGCAGAGGAUUGCAUGUCGCUGUUUGGAAGAGUCCUUGAUCAUUCUGUUAUGAAGUCACCUACUGGGAAACAUCUUACAGAAAAGAUUUGGUCCUGGGCUUAUCCAGGUGAAAAUUUUGAGCUUAGCCAAGAGAUAAGGAACGGAAAGGUAUCUCCUACAAUAAUAGAAUAUAAGUCACUUUUCACUUUUGAUCUGUUGGCAGCUGUUCGUCGACAACAGGAUUUCUAUUAUAAUAUCCAUCUGCCACAUUACAAAGAUGACAAAUUUCUCAGGGAUGCCUACGUACGAUAUAAAUUUUACUUGAAUCUUAAAAAGAUACAUCCAAAGGAAUUCUUGGUGCCCUGCUAUGACAUUGAUUUGAUUUGGCACACUCAUCAACUUCAUCCAAUUGAUUAUGCAAGAGUGACGAAAUCUCUGCUUGGUCGUAUCCUUAUUCAUGAUGACACAGUGACCGACAGAAGUCCAGGAUCCAAACUUUCGGUGUCUGAUGAAAAUACAAGAAAGCUAUGGUUGGAAACUUACCACGAACAAUUUUCUAAAUUUGGUGCUAUGUACAGGGGCGAUUCUCCAAGGGGUAAACUUUAUCACCUUACAAAGCAAGACAUUGACAGAAUUUGUGCACGAAGAGCUCUUGUCACUUUUCAUGAAAUAAAAAUCACGUCAACAAACGCCAAAAAUUAUAAAAAGAUCAAGUUGAAAGUAUUCAAAACAGAUUCUGUAUCAAAGAAAUCUACUCUGAUUAAAAAAUUGACAGGAAAAGUAGGUAAUAUGACGUGGGGUCAGCAGGAUAUGUUUUCAUUCGGCCCCUGUGAUUUAACACUUGAUUUUGGGCUCGAAACAAGAAACAGCAUAAUUGGCGGAAGAUCCAAAUCCAUAGGAGGGUUUCAAGAACGAUUUGGUCUUCAUCUCGUCCGACCAGAAUUACAGGAAGGUGGUGAAUUUCAGUUUGAAAGGGACAUGCAAGUAGUGAGCACAUUGUCCUCAGCAAAAUGUUUUGUCAGGGGGUCUUUCUUACGGCCCAUUCUAGACGACAUUAUACUUUCUUUGGAGCCUGGGGUUUACGAAGAGGUUAACAUGCCUACAAAUGUAGAACAACUUUGGGGUCCUGUUCCCUUGCCAAAGUCUGACACAGAAAAUUUAUGUCAGGUGGCUUCUCACAAGCUGAGAGACCAGAAUGGAAACAUUGCGUUUACUUGUCGUUUUAUACACAGCGUAAACGUUAUGACGUCAGUUGUUCAUGUGUUCUAUAAUGACGAAAUGGCUGCAGUUGCACAUAUUAUCGGUUCUGAUCAACUACCAUUAAGAAAUCAAGUAGGACCGGAAAAUAUUUGGUUAGAACCAAGUUCUGGUGAAAGAGCGAUUGUCAUCAAAACCGAGGAGGGAGAUUCUCUAAUUCUCGUGGGAAAGUGGGUCGAAUUUUUAAGAGGCAGAAGAGGAGUUCCGGGAAAUCCAGGCCAUCUGCUGGUAAAAGUUUAUAGAGUGGGUCAUGAAGGUCCUCUCCAAAAGCAACUUAUUAAUCUUUCUCAUUCACAAUACAUACCAGUAGAGUUUGAAGGAUUGAAGUUAGAUUUCAAGAAAGGUCUAAUCACUUGCAGCAGAAUAGCGGCUGGACAAGUUCUGAACUACGUUGCCCUGUCAUUUUCUAUUGCUCUUCUCCAUGUACUCUGUGUGCCGCGUCCUUCUGACUGGCGACCUGGAAUGUCUCUAGAACCGAGAGUAACAUCAAGAGGAGGACGAAUAAUUCAAAGAUUUCCGGAUGAGGAUAUAUCAUUCAUGCUGGCAGCUGGUCUUCUAUAUCUAACACCCUCAAAUCACUACAUGUAUCAUACAUAUGGUGCUAAUGUUUGUGCUGGAUGUGGAUCUGGGGGCAUCGUAUGUGAUAGUACUGGUGUAGGAUUUGAGCAAGGGCAAUGUGUUAUUGAUUCAGAUGGAGGUGAUUUUAGUGGCGGAGGUGAUGUUGGUGGUGAUGGUGAUGUUGGUGGUGGUGGAUGUGAUGGAGUUGGUGGCUGCGGAGGCUGCGGUGGUUGUGGGGGUGGAGGCGGUGGCGGUGGUGGAUAUAGUGGAGGAAUAGGAUUCAGUGUAACUGCUGGAUUCGGUGGUGGAUGUGGAUGUGAUGGUGGUGGAUGUGGUGGUGGUGGUCCAUGCUAA